AUGAAACUAUCAUCACCAGCCCUGAUCCUCACAACCACCCUCCUCCUGACAACAUCAGCCCUCCCAACCCCAACACCACAACGCUACACCCACUCGAAUGAACUCGUCCUCCCUCCCCCUCCCCCUCCCCUAUUGGACACCCCCCAAACAAUAGAAGAUCAGAUCUUCAAAACAAUGACCACGCCUCACAUCCCUACACAGGAAGAAGGGCUGGGAGGACGGAAAGGUACACCACCACCACCACCAAACAAAUCCAUCGGCACAGUCCCCCCUUCACUAAGGGACACACCCCUCAACACUCCCCCUGAACCUCCGGCAGACCCAAACGCUGACAGCAAUGGCGCCUUCAACCCAAAAGACAUCUGGGGCGAAGGUGAAGAGAACCCUUACGACUGGCCCCGGCGCGAGCCCGAAUUUGGUUCCCUGCGGCGGUAUCCCCGACCAGAGCCAAACUCAUCAAACAGAAUUGGGGAAAGGGGCAGAGGAAAACAUCCCAGGAGGAGGAGGGAUUGGAAGCAUUGGGUGGUUUGGUGA